UUUUAAAUGAAGAGUACCAAGAUGGCUGCGCGGUGACUUCAAUACAGCGCCCCUGUCACCGUUCAUGGUUUAUAAACAUUAUUGGCCAUCGACACAGUUAACGUCAAAUGAUAUUGGCGACAAACAGUUGAGGUUGUGUCAUUGACUCUGUGAGCUGAAAGAGAGGACCUUUUUACCCAAGAGUUAUCGGCUAUUAGCUACCGCUAGCUAGGUUACUAUCGCCAUGGAGUUGGCUCACAGUCUACUUCUGAACGAGGAAGCCCUAGCUCAGAUCACUGAGGCUAAGAGACCCGUCUUCAUCUUCGAAUGGCUCCGCUUCCUGGACAAGGUUCUAGUGGCAGCAAACAAGGUGGAUGUGAAGGAGAAGCAGAAGAAGUUGGUUGAGCAGCUGACAGGGUUGAUCAGCAGUGCCCCUGGCCCUCCCACCAGGAAAUUGCUAGCUAAGAACCUGGCUACCCUCUACAGCAUAGGAGACACCUUCACCGUCUUCCAGACGCUGGACAAGUGCAACGACAUCAUCAAGAGCAAGGAUGACACGCCCACCUACCUCCCCACCAAACUCGCUGCGGUGGCCUGUAUUGGGUCCUUCUAUGAGAAGAUGGGACGGAUGCUGGGAAGCUCCUUCCCGGACACCAUCACCAACAUGCUGAAAGCACUGAAGACUGCGGAGUCCCAGGGUCGUAGUGAGAUUCUACUCAGUCUACAGAAGGUGUUGAAUGGUCUUGGUGGAGCAGCAGCCUCUUGCCAUAGAGACAUCUAUAAGAACGCUCGCUCCCUACUCACAGACCGCUCCAUGGCUGUUCGCUGCGCUGUGGCUAAGUGUCUUCUAGAACUGCAGAAUGAGGCUGUAUUCAUGUGGACCACCGAGCUGGAGAACGUAGCUACUCUGUGCUUCAAGGCCCUGGAAGGGUCUAACUAUGGAGUGAGGGUAGCCGUAUCUAAACUACUGGGAACCGUCAUGGCCACGGCCCUGAUGCCCAAACAAGCUGCAGUGAUGCGUCAGAACGUGAAACGUGCCACACUAGACGAGGUGUUGGAGCUGAUGGCUACAGGCUUCCUAAGAGGAGGGUCUGGCUUCCUGAAGAGCGGGGGGGAGAUGCUGAAGGGAGGGGGCUCUGUCAGCAGAGAGGUGCGGGUGGGAGUCACACAGGCAUAUGUUGUAUUCGUGACCACGCUGGGCGGCCAGUGGCUGGAGCGGACCUUUGCCACGUUCCUGUCUCAUGUUCUGGACCUGGUCAGCCACCCGCGGGCCACCCAGACACACGUGGAGGCGGUGUACUCCCGUCGCUGUGUGUCGUUCAUGCUGCGCUCCACUCUGGGUGGGCUGCUGGGGGAGAAGGCCCAGAUCGCUGCAGGGAAAGACAUCUGCCAGGCUAUCAGUAAACAGAUGAGGGCUGUGGGUAAGGAGAUAGAUGGGGGGGAAAUAUCACGGUUCAGAGCUUUACAGAGUAAGUACACAUCCACUUUAUUAUUGUUAUUGCAUUUUAGUUCUCAUAAUUUAAGAUAUACUUCAUUUAAUUUGUUUAAUUUGAUCCUAAUUUCUUAUGAUUUACUUUUGAGUCUUUUUCUUUCUUGUUUCUUACAAUUUGUACUUUUUAAAAGGGUAAAAUCCCAACUUCAAUUUAGGUCCAGUCUCCCAUUGACUAAGUGGAAGUUGGGAUUCUCCGACACACAAACAAGCCUUUUCUUUUUCGCCAUCGCUCAUUUUGGAGUGGGUGUGCUUUUGUUGUGUGGGCUUUUCGCUUGCUCUGCUCAUCCUCUGACUCCACUGAUCUCUCUCUCUCUCUCUCUCUCUCUCUCUCUCUCACUCUCUCACACUCUCUCACUCUCUCACACUCUCUCACACUCUCACUCUCACACACUCUCUCACACUCUCUCACACUCUCUCACACUCUCUCUCACUCUCUCUCACUCUCUCUCACUCUCUCACCUGUUCUUCUUUUUCUCAGCUCUUACCUCUGCUCGGAGGCACAGUUCUGCUGAGGCAGUAGUGAAUGAUACCAGUGGAGAGAACAAGGCAGGAGCGGCUGAUGUGUCUGCCAGUCAACAUGUGAUGGUCUGUGCCCUCAAAGAGCUGGGCAGCCUGGUGCAGAGUCUGAGUGCCACAUCCUCACCGCUCAUACAGGAACCCUCUAUUGGUCUCCUGGAGACGGUCUCCUCUGUGCUGCUCCACCCCAGCAUGGCGGCCCGUCUGGCGGCGGCCUGGUGUUUACGCUGCGUUGCCGUGGCGCUGCCCUAUCAGCUGACUCCACUGCUGGAGCGCUGUGCGGAGCGCAUCAACAACCUGAAGAGCUCUCCGGAGGCCGUCAGCGGUUACAGCUUUGCCAUGGCUGCUCUGCUGGGCGGCGUGCACCAAUGUCCUCUGGGCAUACCACAUUCUAAGGGAAAGCUGGUGGUGAGCAUAGCUGAGGACUUGCUCCGCACAGCAGCCCAGAACAGCCGUCUUUCUCUGCAGAGAACCCAGGCUGGAUGGCUGCUGCUGGGGGCACUAAUGUCUCUGGGCCCGUCUCUGGUCCGCUAUCAUCUUCCCAAGAUGCUGCUGCUGUGGAGGAACGUGUUCCCCCGUUCCCAGAAAGAGAUGGAGGCAGAGAAGGCUAGAGGAGACAGCUUCACCUGGCAGGUUACACUGGAGGGACGUGCUGGAGCACUCUGUGCCAUGCGUAGCUUCGUGGCCCAUUGUCCUGAGCUGCUGACAGAGGAUGUAAUCCGCAGGCUGAUGACACCUAUAGAGUGCGCCAUGACCAUGAUGUCACAUGUCCCGUCGGUCAUCAAGGUGCAUGGCACCCAUCUAAAGGCCAGUGCAGCUAUGGUGAGGCUGAGACUCUAUGACAUCUUGGCUCUACUGCCCCCAAAGACAUACGAAGGUAGUUUCAAUGCCCUGCUGAGAGAGCUGGUAGCAGAGUUCACUCUGACCGACAACUCGGCCAACACAACCACCUCGUUGCUACGCUCCCUCUGUCACUAUGACGACAGUGUUCUCAUGGGGUCCUGGCUGCAGGAGACUGACCACAAGUCUAUCGAGGACCAGCUCCAGCCCAACAGUGCGUCAGGCAGUGGCGCUCUAGAGCACGACCCCUCCUCCAUCUACCUGAGGGUACCUAUGGGCGAGGCCAUGCCUGGACCCCUCCCCCUUGGCGUUUCUGUCAUCGACGCCUCCGUCGCUCUGUUCGGAGUGGUGUUUCCUCAUGUCUCCUUUAAACACAGGCUGCAGAUGCUGGACCACUUUGCGGAGUGUAUAAAACAGGCCAAGGGGGUCAGACAGCAGGCUGUCCAGCUCAACAUCUUCACCGCUGUACUGAGCGCCCUAAAGGGUCUGGCAGAGAACAAGUCCACCCUGGGUCCUGAAGAGGUUCGUAAAUCCGCCCUGGCGCUGGUGAUGGGUGCCCUGGACAACCCAAACCCCAUCCUGCGCUGUGCUGCCGGGGAGGCCUUGGGAAGGAUGGCUCAGGUGGUGGCAGAGGCCACCUUCAUUGCCCGCAUGGCACAGUACAGCUUUGACAAACUGAGGUCAGCCCGUGACGUUGUCUCCAGAACAGGCCACUCCCUGGCUCUGGGCUGUCUGCACAGAUACGUAGGAGGGAUUGGUUCAGGACAGCACCUCAAAACCAGCGUCAGCAUCCUAUUGGCCCUAGCCCAGGAUGGAACCUCCCAUGAGGUCCAGACGUGGGCCCUCCACUCCCUGGCACUCAUCGUAGACUCCAGUGGUCCUAUGUAUCGAGGUUAUGUGGAGCCCACCCUUUCCCUGGUCCUGACCCUGCUCCUAACCGUACCCCCCUCACACACUGAGGUACACCAGUGUCUGGGACGAUGUCUGGGAGCUCUCAUCACCACCGUGGGACCCGAGCUACAGGGUAACGGAGCGACCAUCUCGACUAUCCGCUCAUCAUGUCUGGUGGGCUGUGCCAUCAUGCAGGGUCACAGCGACUCCCUGGUGCAGGCAGCGGCCAUAUCCUGUCUUCAGCAGCUCCACAUGUUUGCCCCACGCCACGUUAACCUCUCCAGCCUGGUGCCCUGCCUCUGUGUCCACCUGUGUAGCUCUCACCUGUUGCUGCGCCGUGCAGCGGUGGCCUGUUUGAGACAGCUGGCCCAGAGAGAGGCUGCGGAGGUCUGCGAGUACGCCAUGAGUCUGGCUCGCAACAAGGACAGCAAGGACUCCACCACCGUCAAUCUGAACAUCACAGAGACUGGUUUGGAGGGGGUUCUGUUUGGAAUGCUGGACCGGGAGACGGACAGGAAGCUUUGUCACGACAUCCAUGACACUCUGGGCCACAUGCUGUCCUCGCUCGCCGUGGACAAGCUCUCUCAUUGGUUGAAGCUCUGCAAGGACGUCCUGGCUGCUACUACAGGUCACAAGACUGGAGGAGGGGUUGUGGCACCGGUAGAUCUGGGUAAAGAAGAGGACGACUCGGAGAAGCAGGAUGAAAUUGAUGAUGAUAUCAUGUUUACGGCGCUGGGAGAGGAUAAUAACGCCAAGCCGUCUGUGGCGCCGCGUUGGGUGACCCGUGUGUUCGCCGCAGACUGUCUGUGUCGCAUCAUAUUGCUGUGUGAGAACGCAGACAAGACCCACUUUGACCUGGCCGGCGCCCGCUCUGCUAAGGCCAAGAACCCUAAAGGUGAUCUGUUGGUCCUCCACCUCUCUGACCUGAUACGCAUGGCCUUCAUGGCGGCUACAGACAACAGUAACCAGUUGAGGAUGGCUGGUCUUCAGGCCCUGGAAGACAUUAUUAAGAAGUUUGCCUCUGUUCCGGAGCCAGAGUUCCCAGGUCACGUGAUCCUGGAGCAGUACCAGGCUAAUGUUGGAGCUGCUCUUAGACCAGCGUUCUCCCCAGAUACACCUUCUGACAUCACAGCUAAGGCAUGCCAGGUGUGCAGCACGUGGAUCGGUAGUGGUGUGGUCAGUGACCUGAAUGAUCUUCGGCGUGUCCACAACCUCCUGGUAUCCUCGUUGGACAAGGUGCAGGCUGGGAAGGGUUCCUCUAGUCAGCUGUACAGUGAGAGUGCUACCACCAUGGAGAAAUUGGCUGUACUGAAGGCCUGGGCUGAGGUGUAUGUGGUGGCCAUGAAGAUAAAGAAGGAAGCAGAGUCUCGGCCGGUGAAGGAGGUGAAGGCAGGAGGAGAGGAAGAGGAGGAGGAGGAGGAGGUGGGAGCGGACAUUCUUCCUCCUGAUAGCCUGAUUAUGCUGGUGCAGCCUGAACUACCGUCUCUGUCUCGGCUGUGGUUGGCUGUCCUCAGAGACUACGCUCUACUCACACUGCCUGCUGAGUUCUCUAGCCAACUGCCCCCUGACGGUGGUGCCUUCUACACCCCAGAGACCAUCGACACAGCCCGUCUCCAUUACCGUGGCUCCUGGGCCCCUGUUCUCCACGCUGUGGCCCUCUGGCUGAGCAGCACCAGCUUCGGGGCCGGGGAAGGGGAAGAGGAGGCCCCUGCUGUCCCUCCACAGGCUUCUGGGGCACCAGUCUACCCCCAGGGAAACUCUGGACCUACCCAGAGCCUGGAGGACCUGAUUAAGGACAGAAUGCAUCUGAUGUUGGGUGUCAGUAUAGAGUUCCUGUGUUUUCCAAGACCUGAGGAACCUAUAGAACAUGUCAUGUCAUGUCUACAGGCUCUCUGUACCCUACUGGACUCUCCCUGCGCCAGGACACACAUCAGUGAAGACCAGUUGCUGGGUGUAGAGCUGCUCAACGUUCUCCACAGACUACUCCUGACCAGAGAUCCUCCAGGUGUCCAGCUCCAGGUCACAGCUGUGGUGCAGGAGACUAUCCGGGCUGCUCAGGACCACCUGACAGAGCAGAGGGACACGCAGGGUAAGGAGGAUGGAGGGGAGAAAGAUGGUCUGUCUCUCCAGGGAGAGGGAGGUGAGACUGGGGAGCUGCUCCCGGGGAAGUCCCUAGUCUUCGCUGCCAUGGAGCUUCUGGUGUUCAUCCUGGUUCGUCACUUGCCCCAACUCAACACAAGGGUGAACGAGUCCCCCAGCCACCUGCCCCUCCGGCCCCAGCCUCGUCUGCCUGAGGAGAGCACCCGGCUGGUGGCUCACACGGUCUCUAUACUGGCUGAACUGCCGUCGCUGUGCUCCCCCGCAGGCAGCAUGACCAUCCUCCCAACUGUACUCUUCCUGAUAACCGGGGUCCUGAAGGAGACGGCUGUGAAGACACCUGAUAACUCCAUACCCCUGCCAGUCUCAGCUGCUCUACAGGGUAUAAAGACCAUCAUCACCUCUCCUCUGGGCCGGGCUGAGAAGAUUCCCGCUCAGUGGACAGGACUGAUCAGGAGUAGUCUGGCUUCUGUUCUAGAAUAUUCUCAACCAGAUGAGUCUCGUCCCAACAUGGAUGAGGUCAGUAUGCUGACGGCCAUGACCCUCUUCCUGCUGUCUGCCAGUUCAGAGGUCAUAGGAGUCACUGUGCUGCAGCAGGGCUGUAUGGAACGUUAUAGGAACGCACUCAUCUCCUCUGACCCCUGGGUCCAGGCGCGGUGUUACCAACUCCUCCUCUCCGUGUUCCAGCACCCCAGCCGAGCGUUAUCCACCCCCUACAUCCACGCCCUGGCACCGCUCAUGGUAGAGAAGCUGAAAGGGGUGGAGAGGAGCCGCCCAGGCACGGUCACGGAGCUGCAGGCCGUACAGGAGGGCAUCAGGGUUUUGGAGAACCUAGUGGGCAUGGCAGAGGAACAGAACAGGGUCCAGUUGCUGGCUCUGCUCGUCCCCACCCUGGUCUCCUAUCUCCUGGAUGACAAGGCCUUCUCCUCUGCUCCUCCUGCCUCCAAGGGCCUACAUGAGUUUGCUCUCCAGAACCUGAUGCGGAUCGGGCCCCUCUACCCAGCUGCCUUCAAGACAGUGAUUGGAGCCGCACCUGAGCUCAAGACCCGCCUUGAGUCGGCCGUCAGAGCCAAUCAGGCGAGCAGCAAAGCUAAAGCAGCAGCCCUAUUGGCCCAGCCAACUGUGCAGGCCGCGCCCACCAUCAAACUCAAAACUAGUUUCUUCUAAAUAUUCCUGAAAUGCAGACUACUUUAUCAUCCUGGUGUAACGUUGUUGUCGUCUGAUACGUCACUCAUGUCUCUAAGAUGUUCUUUAUUUAACUUCGUUCUCGGUGGAUGAGAUUUUUCUACUUAGUUUUCUUGAAGUUGGCAGAUAGCCUAGUGGUUAGAGCGUUGGGAGGCAGGUAGCCUAGUGGUUAGAGCGUUGGGAGGCAGGUAGCCUAGUGGUUAGAGCGUUGGGAGGCAGGUAGCCGAGUGGUUAGAGCGUUGGACUAGUAACUGAAAGGUUGCUGGAUCGAAUCCCCGAGCUGACAAGGUACAAAAUCUGUCGUUCUACCCCUGAACAAGGCAGUUAACCCACUGUUCCUAGGCCGUCAUUGAAAAUAAGAAUUUUUAUCUUAACUGACUUGCCUAGUUAAAUAAAGGUAAAAUAAAUAUUAUAAUAAUAAAGUCCAGGAAACAAGUAUGUAAAUAAUAUAAUUAAAGGGUAUUUUAAUGUCCACUUCCACAACCCCUGUAGAGAGAGAGAGAACUGCUUUUGAUGUCAUUUGAAUAUAUUGUUACUAUUUUAGAGCUGGAUCUAUUUUUUACAUCUUAAAUGGAAUCCUAUUCCCUAUGUAGUGCACUCCCUUUGACCAGAGUAGUACACUCCCCUUUUGACCAGAGUAGUGCACUAUUUAGGGAAUAGGGUGCCAUUUGGGACUCUUACAUUGAAUAUGUAAAGGGACCUACUCCGUUAAAUUCUUUUGAAUUUAACGGAGUAGUUAUAGUUUGUUCUUUGUUUGCUUCCUUAUUGGUCUGACAUCAUCAUUCCUUGCGGACUCUUGUACUCCGUGAGUCUUGGUUACAUUUGGUAAGACUGAUGCAUCGACAUGGCUGUAUCCACUGUAAGACAGGAUUCAAUCAUGCGCGUGUUUCUAAUGGAAUUUGUUUGUUGCAUGUGGAAACCUUUGCAGAAAGAGUCUACCUUUUAAGUAAAUUGCUUGUUUUUGCUGUUCUUGUCUUGAGGCUUUAAACUUCACCCAAGCCACCCUUUUCAAUAAUGCAUUUAAGUGUUUGGCAUCUGUUGUUCAUAAAGUAUUUUGCUUGCUGUUCCUGUGUAUUAAAUAGACCUCUCACAGGCCAGUCUUUCACAACACAUUAAAUAGACCUCUCACAGGCCAGUCCUUUACAACACAUUAAAUAGACCUCUCACAGGCCAGUCUUUCACAACACAUUAAAUAGACCUCUCACAGGCCAGUCCUUUACAACACAUUAAAUAGACCUCUCACAGGCCUGUCCUUCACAACAUUCCCUGUUUGAGAGAGACAGUUCUACUGAGGAACCUUAGCUGAUGUGUGGUGAUCCAUGCUAACACAGCACAUGGGAUGCAUGAUUUCAUGACUUCUGAAGGAAAAAAAUCUAUGGGGAAGAUGAAGUAAUGAUUUUAUAAUUGUUUUGAUUGCCUGUAAAUAGUUGGUUAUUAUUUAAAGGUAAAUAUAAAGAUACAUAAAAAAAAAAAAAGACCUGAAAAAGCAAUCAAUCAGUUUGUGAACAACACGAGUGGGGUAAUAAUGUCAACAAAACAAUGUUAUGCUAACAUGGCAUAUCAACUCAUGAGUCACUACCCACAGUUAAUAAAGUCACUGAUGACCCACUGUUAAUAAAGUCACCUACGACCCACAGUCACUUACGACCCACAGUUAAAAAUCAAACCACUACCCACAGUUAAUAAAACCUACAGGUUUUUUUUUUGUCACUUUUUUUUCACUUCUGUUUUUGCUCCAAGUGUUUACUGAGUUAAGCAUGUCUUUUUCUUGUACAACUGCACACAGAAGUUGAAUCAUGUGCAUGAUAUCAAACUACAAUGAGAGCUCAAAGCUCCUGGCCCAGAGAGGUUAUGGUGACCAUUUACCCAGCUAUUGGACAAUGCCUACAGUUAUUGGAGAAGGUAUCAUGUCAAUAAAGCUUCUUUGAGAUUA